CACCUACCACUCUACCAGUCCUCAUCCUGCUUAAACAAUUCCAUCAUUCGUCAUUUUAAACCACAGUUAAAAAGUCAAGUCACAGUUUUUCAUGUGUUUCACGAGUUAAGUUAUUGGGAACCUUAAAGGUCAUUUUUUCUAAUGUUAUAAAUUAAUGAGAGUAGGCAUAUAUUAGCACAAAUUCAUUAACUGGUUAAUGUUACUGAAAAAUGGGAAGCACACAGAUUCCCUAUCGACACUUCCUUCUUUUCCCACUUUUCUUGAUCUUAGCUGCAUUAUACUCUCAAGUUUCUGCUUUUACUACAGAUUUUCCAAUACUAGACAGACCAACUGAGUUUCUUUCAGAAGAAAGAGUAUUCCAAAUUUUCCAAGAAUGGAAACAGAAGCAUGGGAAAUUUUACAAGAAUGAGAAAGAAGAAGAAAUGAGGUUGGAGAUUUUUAAAACGAAUGUGAAAUAUAUAGUGGGGAAAAACUCCAAGAGGAAGCCAGAUUCAGACCAUUUGGUUGGUCUGACCAAGUUUGCUGAUAUGAGCAAUGAGGAGUUUAGGCAAGUUCAUACUUCAAAGAUUAAGAUACCCUUUAACAAGAGAAAGACUAUUCAAAUGAGGAGUGUGGAGAUAAAGCCUUCAACAACUUCUUGUGAUGUUCCUCCAUCAAAGGAUUGGAGAAAACAUGGGGCUGUCACUGAGGUCAAGGAUCAAGAUCGAUGUGGAGCUUGCUGGGCAUUCUCGGCGUGUGGAGCAAUGGAGGGACUAAAUGCGAUUGUCACUGGUGAACUUAUUAGCCUUUCUGAACAAGAACUUAUCAAUUGUGACAACUCAUACAAUACUGGUUGCGAUGGUGGACUUAUGGACCCUGCUUUUGAAUGGGUGAUGAACAAUGGUGGCAUUGAUUCAGAAGCUGAUUAUCCAUACAGUGCCUCUCAAGGCCGUUGCAAUUAUGACAAGGUGAACCAUAAGGUUGUAACAAUUGAUGGAUACCAAGAUGUUCCAGAGGACGAGAAUGCCCUUCUUUGUGCUGUUGCACAACAACCUGUUAGUGUAGGCAUUGACGGAAGCAGCCUGGAUUUUCAACUUUAUAGAGGGGGAAUCUAUGAUGGAGAAUGCUCUAGCAAUUCAGAUGACUUAUCCCAUGCAGUACUAAUAGUAGGAUAUGGUUCUAAAGGAGAUGAUGACUAUUGGAUAAUCAAGAACUCAUGGGGUACAACAUGGGGAAUGGAGGGGUAUGCAUACAUAAGAAGGAACACUUAUUUGCCAUAUGGGGUUUGUGCCAUUAAUUCGUUGGCUUCAUAUCCAACAAAAGAAGCGUCUUCAGCACCAUCCCCUUAUCCGUCCCCAGCCGUUCCACCACCUCCNCCGCCACCCCCUCCGCCCCCUCCACCACCUUCUCCAAAACCAAGUGAAUGUGGAGACUUUUAUUACUGUCCAGAAGAUCAAACAUGCUGCUGUGAGUUGCACUUCUUUGGCAUAUGCUUCAUUCAGGGAUGCUGUCCUUAUGAAAAUGGUGUUUGCUGUCAUGGAUCAGAAUUUUGUUGCCCAGCUAACUAUCCCAUUUGUGAUGUUUAUGAGGGUCUCUGCCUCAAGGAUUACCGAGACAAUAUUGGAGUGGCAGCAAGGAAGAAAAGAAUGGCCAAACACAAGUUACCAUGGAGAGCUAACACUGAAGCAACAGAGGAAAGGGACCAAACUCUGAAAUGGAAGAGAAAUCAUGUUGCUGCAAUGCGUUGAAAGGAAAUUUUCUUAACCAAAAACCACCCAAAAAAAAAAACAAUUGUGCUUUAAGUUUGUUAAAUUUAUGCUUGAAAUAAUAGUUGGAAAGUGUGAAAAUGAUAUCAAGAUGUCACAUCAAACUGAGAGAUAAUAAACAAGUAGCAUUGCAAUGUAUUAAUUUGACUUCUAAAAAUUUGUGGAUGUUGCCAACUAUGACCUAAAUUAUUAGUUUACAUAGAAACGAGAUGCUCUACUCAGAAAACCCCAGUCCUUUUUUGAGACGGAUAGAGCACUUUUGGCUGGCUAAUAUCCGAUCGACUUGUUGAUAAUUGGUAAAUAAGGGGUGGACGAGAAAUGUUUUGAGAGUAACGAUAACAACGUCCAUCACAAUGUUGUUGAAAUAAAUAUCCAGUACACUUAUAUGUAUCAACGGAUAAAAUUUUAGGACAAAUUGCACUCAAAAAAUGGGGAAUACACAAAAGGCCCACCUUUUUCUUCUUCUUGGUUUCGCUCUUUUCUUUAUCUUAGCUGCGCAACCAUCCCCUCCAGUUUCUCCAAAACCAAAUGAAUGUGAAGACGGCUUAUAUUAUUGUCCAGAACAUCAAACAUGUUGCUGUGGUGUAGAUUUCUAUGGCAUGUGCUUAGUUCAUGGAUGUUGUCCUCUUGAAAAUGGGGUUUGCUGUGAGGGAUCAAAUUUAUGCUGCCCAACUGACUUUCCAUUUUGUGAUGUUUUAGAAGGCACAUGCCACAAGGACUAUGGAGACAAAAUUGGAGUUGCUGCAAGGAAGAGAAGAAUGGCCAAGUUCAAGCUACCAUGGAGUAGUAGUGGUACUAAAGGAGUAGAAGAGAUGGACCAAACUCUCCGAUGGAAGAGGAAUCAGUUUUCCGCAAUGCGCUGAAAGAAUUACCAAGUUAUUUUAAGUUUUAUCAUACCAAUGGGCACUCUUACAGUGUCACUCUGGAUCUUGUUGUCUAAUAAAAGUUGUAGAAAAAUAUAUAUAAUUCAAAAGAAAAAAUGUAUACAAAAAUUCCUUUGA